UGUGUCGGGUCAAAUUUUAAAAGAAGAUAAAAGUAACCUGAUAACGAUAUAUCAUUACUUACCCAUAGUAUUGUUAAAUAUUUCAUCAUAAUCAAAGUCAACAUGGGAUCCAUUAAAGCAGAUAUUUUUGGGAGAUUAAAAAGUGGAAAAGUUGUUGCAAGAUAUACUUUAACAAAUAAAAAUGGUAUAACAGUUAAAAUAUUAGACUAUGGUGGUAUAAUAACAGAUAUACAUGUUCCUGAUAAAAAUGGAAAAGUUGAUGAUAUUUGUCUGGGAUUCAAUGACAUAGAAGGUUAUGAGACACGAAGUCCGUAUUUUGGAGCGUUGAUUGGUCGUUACGGUAAUCGUAUAGCGGGUGCUAAGUUUGUAUUGGAUGGAAUAGCUUAUUCACUGACAGUUAAUAAUGGUCCAAAUAGUCUUCAUGGGGGAAAAAUUGGGUUUGAUAAGGUGGUUUGGAAUGCUAAAAUUGAUAAUAACCAACUGAUAUUAACCCAUGUCAGCCCUGAUGGUGAUGAGAAUUAUCCAGGGGCGCUAAGUGUUAAAGUUAUCUAUGAAUUAACAGAUGAUGACGUAUUAAAAUUGGAUUAUACAGCUACUACAACAAAAGCUACACCAAUAAAUUUAACAAACCAUACUUAUUUUAACUUGGCAGGACAUGCAUCUAACGAUAUAUCCGACCAUGUUGUAAUGAUACCAGCUGAAUCAUACGUAGUUUUAGAUAGAAACACCAUACCCACAGGUGAAAUAAGGAGUGUAGAAGGAUCAUCGAUGGAUUUACGACAACCUGUUAAAUUAGGAGAUGUAAUGCCUAAUGUUAAUGAUGGUUUAGGUUUUGAUAAUAACUUUAAUUUAAAACAAUCGGACGAGAUUAAGCUUGGUGCCAGAAUAGAACAUCCGCCAUCAGGUCGGUAUAUAGAAUGUCGGACAACGGAACCAGGCAUGCAGUUUUAUACAUGUAAAAACCUUAAAGAAACACCAGGCAAGAACGGUGCUGUUUAUAAACAAUUUGGUGGUUUCUGUCUAGAAGCACAACAUUAUCCUGACAGUGUUCAUUAUAAACAUUUCCCUAAUACAAUUUUACGACCAGGAGAAAUAUAUCGACAAACGACAACAUAUAAAUUUGGCGUCAGCCCAUAAACCACUGAAGAUAAUUUAAGCUUGUCAUAAAUCAACGAUGAAGGAAAAUAACACACACAUUUGAUACUGACCCAUAUCUUUUUACUUGACGUAAUUUUAUAAUGACGUUAAAAAUAAACCCUAAUUUAUUAUAAGUAGUUG